AUCAUUGAGUGCAUUGCGCUGUAGCAUCAGCAACACAAGUUCAACGAUAUCACCGUCUCGAAACGUUUUUGUAGCUUUAUUUUCACAACACUAGUUCUCUUUAGACACCCGUGGGUUAGACGUGCACGUUUCUUUAUCUGACGGAUAACCGUUUCCUGCUUCAGAGUUGGUGUUUAUACUCUUUGUUUCAUGCGGCCUGGCACCGUUGGGCAAUGACAAUGUAACGUUAGCUAUAUGUUAAAUACAAGGUAGGUUAACGUUAGCUGUUAGCUGCUAGCUACUCAGGCCAGGCUGUAUUUAAGCACAAAGGCCGUGGACACAGCCUCGCUUUUUUUUAAACAAUGUAUCCUUCCUGGGGGAAUUAUGGGGCACCCCAGUCGCAAAACUUUGGAGGCUCUGGAGCUGGGCCCCACAGGCCGCCUCCUAGUGGCGGACACGCCGCCCCGGCACCGGGGUUCGGCGGCUUCGACGCCUCAUCCGGCGGCUCGAUGUUCUCCAGUCUGCAGGAGCAACACCGACAGCAGAUGCAGCAGCUGCAGAUGCUGCACCAGAAACAGCUCCAGUCUGUGUUACACCACGGCAAUAGUACUAAUGCGUACGGUGGUGGAGGUAGCGGCGGUGGAGGUGGACAGUCGGGUGGAUAUCCGGGAUCAACAUGGCAUUCAGAAGGAGCAGGACAUGCAGACAGCGGUGCUGCGGCUCAGUCGUACUUUCAAAAAGACGAGACUUCUUCUCAGCCGACCAGAGGUCCACCUGCUCCUCAGACGGGUCACCCACCGCCUCCUCCCCCUCCAACGCAACCGCACCCCAACGAUCCCCAAUCUGUUCCUCCUCCUCCAGAGCCCCCCUCAUCCAAACCACCAGAGAACACAAGUGCUCCCAAAGCCCAAGAGGCCAACACGAAAGAUGUAUCCACCAAAGAAGAAGACAAUUCCUCAAUUUUGCAGGAGCAACAGCAACGGUGGUACAAACAACAUCUUCAAAACCUACAAAAGUUGAAGCAAGAGAAAGCCAAACAGAACAAGAAUGAGGGUGACGGUCCUUUGCCGCCACCACCCAAAGCGGUUCCUCCUCUUCCAUCAGAACCACAAAAAGGCGCACCUCCUCCGCCCCCUCCAAAAGAGGAGCCCCCAGCACCACCUCCACCACCUGACGAGGCAGGGCCUGAGGUCCCACAAAACCCAGAGGAGGCUGCCCGCCUACAGCAGUUACAGGCUGCAGCAGCGCAGUGGCAAAAGGUGCAGCAACAGAGAGCGGGCUUACAAUACCAGGCUCUCAUGCAACAACACGAAAAGCUUCAGCAGAUCCUGGAAAAAUACCAACAGCUGAUUCCACAACCUGCAAACCUUCAGUCAAUGUCUGCUGAAAUGCAGCUGAGGCACUAUGAAAUGCAACUGCAGCAGUUCACCCCUCUAUUCCAAGACUGGGAUCACUCUUUCGUCCUGUGGUAUGAGCAGUUCAAGACUUAUCCCCACAAAGACCAAUUGCAGGACUAUGAGCGCCAAUGGAAGCAGUGGCAGGAGCAGAUGAACGCCACCAAUGCCCAUCUUCAUGAAAGGGUGGCCACUCUCACUGCCAUGGUGCCAUUCGCCUCAAGCCAGUUCAGUAGUGGUAUGAUGGGACAAUUUGGCCAGUACCCUGGACAAGACAUGCAAAUGCAGCAGCCAGCUAAGCCGGCUAUGCAGCAUUCCCCACUUGGUGUUGGACCCAACGCUCAAGGUCCACGGCCCGCUGGCUUUGGGACACAUUCAGAAUCACCUGCUGGACCCUCUGUGAGAGGAGCGGUCCCUUCUAGCAUAGGAGUCAGACCCCCAGGUCCCCCCACCAUUCAGCCACCAAGCAUCAACAGCGUCAGAGGUCCACGUCCUGUUGGUCCCAGCGGAAGCAACCCUAGAUUUGACCAGCCACAGCAAAGUUUUGAUGGUCCUCCAAGAUUUGAAAAGCCACAGCAAGGUUUUGAUGGUCCUCCAAGAUUUAACCAACCACAACAGCGCUUUGACGCUCCCCCAAGGUUCAAUCAACCACAGCAGCGCUUUGAUGGUCCCCCCAGAUUUGACCAACCACGGCAGCGCUUUGAUGGUCCCCCCAGAUUUGACCAGCCACGGCAGCGCUUUGAUGGUCCCCCCAGAUUUGACCAGCCACGGCAUCGCUUUGAUGGCCCCCCCAGAUUUGACCAACCACGGCAUCGCUUUGAUGGUCCCCCCAGAUUUGACCAAUCACGGCAGCGUUUUGAUGGUCCCCCCAGAUUUGACCAACCUCGAUUUGGACAGCAGCCUAGGUUUGAGCAGGCCCCAAGGCUCCCUGGCCCCCCAACUCUUUUUGAACGCCCACCUGUACCUCAGCAGAAACAACAACAACAAGGUUCCCAACCUAAUGCCCAACCAGCUACUAAACAACCUGCCAGUAUGGAUUCCAAGACUUCUGGAAAGUCAGCUGGACCGCCUCAGUCCGAAAAAGAAAAAGUUGAAUCAAAACCAGCUGAUAAUGCCAAUGCUGAGGAUUUGACAGAUGACAACUUGCUUGGAACAGAGGGCUUUUUUGUCCAAAAUGACCCCAUUCCUCAAAAAACAAAACCAAAACAUCUGGAAUUAGAUGACAAUAAUGCUUCUAACAAUGACAAAAAACUCAAACCUGGAAACAGCAUCCCUUCUGUAACUACUCCUUCUAGUAGUGCACAAAAUCCUCUCAAACCAGAUGGACCAAUGACAAACAACAAACCCCCACUGGUUCCUAAGCCCCCUGGAAUCCAAAAGGAGCCGCAAGCAUCUGGCCAUAUGCAGUCAAGACCAGAUCCUCCAAGGCUUCCCCCAGGGAGGGGACGUGGUCAGCCCCCAGUAUCUGUUCAAGUGCAUGGACGAGGACGUGGGCAGAGGGGCCCUGGAGAGUUCAGGGGACCGAACACUGUACCACUUGGGGAGGGUAUGGGAGAAAUGUCUUAUAACUACAUGCCACCUGAAGAGAAUGUGGAGGUACCUGAAGAGCAGGAAGAAUAUCGGUGGCAAGAUUCUUCAUACGAGCAGUGUGACGGUGAGGAAUUAGAGGAACCCCCUGAAGAAAUGUGGAUGCCAGGCGGACAUCACUUCUCAACAGAGGAAGAGUAUUAUGAAGAGCCAUUAGGAGGACCCCCCAUGGGUAGAGGAGGACCCCCCAUGGGUAGAGGGGGACCCCCCAUGGGUAGAGGGGGACCGCCUAUGGGUAGAGGGGGACCGCCUAUGGGUAGAGGGGGACCGCCAAUGGGUAGAGGGGGACCGCCUAUGGGUAGAGGGGGACCGCCUAUGGGUAGAGGGGGACCGCCUAUGGGAAGAGGGCGGCCGCCUAUGGGAAGAGGGGGGCCGCCUAUGGGAAGAGGGGGGCCAAUGGACAGGCACUGGGAAGAACCUGAGUCAGCAGAGUACUCAGAGGAAGGGGAUCCUUACUGGGGAGAAAUGAGACCUCCAAUGAGAGGCAUGAGACCCCCGUUUCCCCCUGGCCGGGGUCGUCCCCCACGCGGUCAUCCUGGUUUUAUGCACCAAGGACGAGGACACCCCCCUCAUCCAGCACAUGGGCCAAUGGAUCAUGAACAAUUAGGCCAUGGAAUGGACAUUGAUGAUAACGAAAUGGAUCCAAUGCACCAUGGGCUUGAUCCUCAUAGCCAUACGAUGCAUUCUGAUGUAGGAAGAGGCAGGCGUGGGCCACCACUACCUCACGAAACGAUGGAUCCUAUGGAGGAGCCAUCGUACAAUGAAGGGAAUGAGUUAGGGUGGCAACCGCCACAUGGCAGAGGCCCUCCUAUGCCUCCACAUGAGAUGAUUGAUUCGGGAGGAAUGAGGAGGAGACCUAUGGGUCGAGGGAUGGCAAGAGGCAUGUGGCGGCCAGGUCCAACACAUGAGGAAUAUGAAGAGAGACAUAAUGAGGGUUUUGUUGAGGAUUAUGGUCAUGGGGAACAUGGUCAUCACUGGCGGCCACCACAGGACUAUCGUCCUGAUGACAGUGGGCAUGACGCCAAAUACUAUGAGUCUGAAUGGGACGGAGACCGUGCUCCUCCUGAGAGGGACUAUCCCCCUCGCAUGCCACCAUCACAGCCUUACAGAGAUGGCCAUUGGCCAGAGGAAAGAGGUAAGCCAUAUCCUCAUGGUGAACAUGAUCGGGGAAGAGGAGAACUUAGAAUUCGGGAAUAUGGGGCUGAGCCACCGUACCGGCAGGAAGAACCAUCGUACCCACCACCCACAGCACCUUCAGAGUGGGAUAGGCCUUCAAGACUUCCUCCACCACCAGAGAGAGGGUAUCCCGCUGACUAUGAGGUUCGCAGAGGUCGCUAUGAAGAGCCUCCUUUGGAUAUACGUCCACCUUUAUCUCCUGCUUCAGCUGUCACAAACUUGCCAGAGAGCUCAGUUGAUCCGGCAUCCCAAGGAGCAGGUGGGGCGAAUGUACUUGCGCUCUCCCAACGUCAGCAUGAGAUCAUCUUGAAAGCUGCUCAGGAGCUUAAACUUAUAAGAGAGUUGCAGGAGGGGAAGACACCGGGUACCGAACCUCCGCCUGUACCAACUGACAUCCUGUCUGAGCUCCCAGCUGGUCUUCUUGGUUUGGAGAUCCCACCAGACGUCAGGAACGUUCUGAAGGGCAUGACUGCAGCCGCACAGACGGCUUUGACCAACCCUGUGUCUUGGGAUACAAAGCCUGCUGCCACAGAUUACCAGCAAUCUCUUCCCAAACCUUCAAUGAUUCCAAAAACUGUGGAUUACGGGCAUGGGCAUGAGCCCGGAGCCACUGUUGAGCGGAUGUCUUAUGGUGAGAGAAUUGUGUUGAGGCCUGACCCAAUACCAUCAGACAGGGGCUAUGAAAAAGAACCUCUUGGUCCCAGAGAACCUUACAGCAGAGACCCAUAUUUCGAAAGACGAUCAGACCCGUAUAUGGACCGCCGGGAGUACAGCCGAGAGAGGGAAUCAUACAGAGAAAAGCUGCCACCUGAAUAUGAAAGAGACAGAUAUGAGAGGGAGCGAUAUCUCCCACGAGAUAGAGAUGACAGCACACAGUCCAUGGUUGAUGAAAGAUCUCCACUGGCACCUCCUCCACGCUCGGCGUACAGGGACAGAGAGCGGGAUCUUCGAGAGAGGGAGAGAAGUGACAGUCGUGAUCGAGAUGAACAUUAUGGGAGGCCUGGCUAUGAUAGACCUCCAUACGAGCGCACCGGACUUGAUCGCAGUGGGCCUGAGCGUUACGGCCAUAGCUCCUCACCUUACGUAGAAAGAAGAAGUUAUCCAGAAGACCGAGGGCCUCCCACUGCACCACCCCUCCCACCUCCACCUCAGCCACCCCCACGAGUCGAGAGGAAGCCAGAAAUCAAGAAUAUUGACGAUAUCCUCAAACCACCUGGCAGAUCAUCUCGUCCUGAAAGGAUUGUCAUCAUAAUGAGAGGGCUUCCAGGAAGUGGAAAAAGUCAUGUUGCAAAGCUCAUACGGGAUAAGGAAGUCGAUUGUGGCGGUGCACCUCCGAGAGUUCUUGUUUUGGAUGAUUAUUUUAUGACGGAGGUUGAAAAAGUAGAAAAAGAUCCAGACACAGGGAGACGGGUCAAAAACAAGGUUCUUGAGUACGAGUAUGAGCCAGAGAUGGAAGAUACCUACCGGAACAGCAUGCUUAAAACAUUUAAGAAAACUCUGGAUGACGGCUUUUUCCCCUUCAUCAUUUUAGACACUAUUAAUGACAGGGUUAAACAUUUUGAUCAGUUCUGGAGUGCAGCCAAAACAAAAGGCUUUGAGGUGUAUCUUGCUGAAAUCACUGCAGACACUCAGACAUGUACGAAGAGAAAUGUCCAUGGGCGCACUCUUAAGGAUAUAUUGAAGAUGUCCAACAACUGGGAGACUUCGCCACGUCAUAUGGUGCGCUUGGAUGUCCGGUCCCUGCUUCAAGACGCUGCUAUAGAGGAGGUUGAAAUGGAAGACUUCAAUCCUGAUGACGAGCCCAAGGAGCUGAAGAGAGAGGAGGAAGAAGAGGGUGAUCUGUCGGACUCCUCACGUCAGCCACUCCUAUGAGAGCGUGCCGGGCGAACUUCUCCAUCUGGAUGUAGUAGAACUCCCUGAAGUUGCUGAACCACUUGAUGAGCUGAGAGGUGAUGCAGCGCGUGAACUGAGGACGAGACAGAGAGACGGGUGAGUGAGAUGGUCAACGUGGAAUUUGAUGCAUUGUAAUAAAUGUCUUUAUGUGAGAGAGAAGCUGCUAAGCUUGUUUCACGAUAUAGAAAAUCAAAUAUGAAUAAACUCUAUUUUAGCACAUCUCUGUGUUGCCGUGUUUAUACAUUUUGAGUUUUUACAGAAAUGCUAUCAUGACGUAAAGUUCUUAAUCCUGAUCUGAUUGCUUGAUUGUAAUGCCAAUUAAAAAAGAAAAACUAUUCACUUGUCUGGAACUGAUUCUUUAUUCUGUGGUGACAAAGAUGCAUUUUGAAAAGAAACUGGUUUGGGAUCAUAAAACAUGCCGCACAUAAACGACCACAUAAGAUUUUUUCUCAGAAACGGCAGGAAACAUGUCUGCUUGAAUGCAAAAUACAGCAACUUUUCCAAGAUUGUUAUAGUUGCUACACAUCUGUAUUUUUUGACGGUAAUAUUAACUCAUGUUUUGUAAAUAUAAUCUAUUCAAAUGACACAAAUGUGUGGAUGAAGUGGAGUGGUGCUCAAUAUUGCAAGUAUUUCCUCACCUGCACAUCAUAGAAACACAUCUUCAGUACCAGUGAGCUCGGGUAGCGGGUGUAGAAGAACAUGUGCUUUGCUUUCUUCAGAUGGUUUGUGGUCAGACCCUCCUAAACGCACCGGUGUUAAGGGUAAAACACACAUCCGGGACAUAAGAAACGGUAGUUUUCUUUGUUAAUGAUGAUGGAUACAUGUUCUCUCAAAGAAAUCAUUACAGCUCAAUGAGAGACUCCUAUUUUCUGCAAGUUUGGAAGAUCAAAGGGAGUACUUAUUGGAUUCUGUAAGGUGCAAACUUGCUGUCUUUGAAAACACAAUUUUUAUUAAUUUUUCUUAUUUUAUAGCACAUACCUGUGAGGGGUGAAAAGGUUUGUGACAUAAUGGGUUGUAAUACAAAGGAAGAGUUAUUGUUGUAUUGUUGGAAAGAAAUAUUUUCUGCCACUAUUGACUGCUUCUUAAAGCCACAAUAAAUCAUACAAAACUUCAAUUAUUAGACUACAUCAGAAUAAAAACUUGUACAGGAUACAUUCAGCAUGUAUAGGUUGUUCUUCCUCAGGCAAUCGGACUCAAUCUUGACAUGAGACGGGCUUUCCACCAGCGUGGGACCCACCGACACAGUGUGAGUCUGUGGGCGUCUGACGGAUCUGGAGUUCACCUUCGAUCUCACUUUGACCGAGUUCCAACGCCUGUCAAACUUUGCUCGACUGACCUCAGAGCACUCCUUUCGCGGGCACCUGAGGGAAUGUCCAGUGUUGUGAUCCUUCUCUGACGGCUGAUCUUCAUGCAGAGCAGCGUCGUGGCAGAAGGGGACCAGAGGUUUGGGGCGAUGGGGAGCUCUUGAUCUGGACUGGAGGAUGAAGUUGUCGGCUCUUUCCAGCCGACGCUUUUGCACAACCAGAGACAGAGCUUCGGUUUGAAUGUCUGGGACUUCUUGCGUCUCAUCUUUACCAACCGAUGACUGAAGAGACAUGUCGGUCUCUACGUUCCCCUCGUCAUUCGGAGAUGUCUGUAGAAGUGGCACGCUUCUAAAGAUCGAGUCAACGCUCCUGCUGACAGCUCUGCUCAGUUCGUGCUUCAAAACAUCUGCCAUCAGCUUUAUCCUCUCAGGCUUCGACUGGAAGUAGUUCAUCAGCUUCACCUUCUUCCAUCCUUGAUAUUUUCUGCUUGAGCUGCUCUGGAACUCACUGUAUGAAUCUGUAAAUGUUGGAGAUGUUUCAGGAGAACUGUUCCAGGUGGGAUAUUUACUGUCCGCAAUGUCGGUUACUCCACCCACAUGGUUUAAACUUGUCCUGAGCUGUCUGAGCUGCUGAUACUGACUCUCAAGCUGCUUUCUUGUCGUCUGACAGCCAGAUCCACGAUCCACGAGCUCCCGAUCUUGAGUCCUUUCAUUUUCCUGCAUGCCGUCUGACUCCUCGUGCUGAUUCGCCAUCCCAUCUGUGCAGCGCAUACCAGGAGAGCUGGUCAUGCCUUUGAUGAUAUGUUCUACUCUGGCACGCUUUGCUUGAUGGCCACUGUUUAAGUUCCACUCAUGGUGACCACAAUAACUGUAUGCAGGAGAUGAGUGCAUGCUCGUGGGUAAAUGUAAAGCGGUGUUGUCUCUCGAUGGACUGAGCUCCAGCCGGCUCGAACAGAUCAAACUUGAACCAGCAUCAUCGUGGCUGUAAUAUGCACUCUCCGGUGGGAGUGUUAUGUCCUCACUGUCUUUGUGUAAGGACACAGAAACAUCUGGAAAUUCUGAAUUUAACAGCUCGG